GUAGUUGAAAGGGCAAUGUCACAGAUAAUUUUAAGAUAAAUGGAUUAGGACAAGAGAAGUCAAAAGAUGUGUCCUUUUCAAACCCCUCCACACUUUGACUCUUUCUUUGUUUCUUAAGAAACACAUCACCAUAAGAGAUUCAACUAAACUUCCAACAGAGACUUAAUCAGAGAAGACGAUGAUCAGAGCCUUGAGCACGAGGAAGGACCGAGGAGGCUACAAGAAGCUCGGUGGUGAGAAAGAAGAAGAAGGAGAAGCAGCAGGGGUUAGGCUUUUAGAAGGGAAAGUGCAGAGCGUUCCAGCGGAGGUGAAGAAACCGGUGGAGAAAACUGGAGGUUCAGUUCACCCGCUUUUGAGUUUCUUCGAUAUUGGAUCACAGAGGAAGAAGAAGAAGACAAAGAAGAAGAGCACAACGACAGCGAAACCAGAGUUCUCUAGGUACUUGGAAUAUGUGAAAGAAGGAGGAGUUUGGGAUGCUACUUCAAAUGGACCUGUCAUUUAUUACAAAUAGAUUUUGUAUGGAGAAAAGAGAGAACUCUGGUUUUGCUCGUCUCUAAGUUCAUAAUGUUGCUCUCUUUUCUUGUGUGGAUCGGAUCAAUCCAUGUAUAAAAUUUUAAAGUUUAAUAACAGAUCAAUCAGUUAAAGCU